GGCGGGGCUUGGCGGGCAGCGGGAGUCCGUGGUUAGCAGCAGCCGUCAGAUCAGAGCCGAGCCGCGGGGAACUGUAGCUGUCAACAGCCGACUGCAACUUCACUGCCAAGAUGUCUGACGACGAGAAAGAGCAGACCAUAGCAGAGGACCUGGUUGUCACCAAGUACAAGAUGGCUGGUGACAUCGCCAAUCAGGCUCUUCGCCUGGUUGUGGAAACAGCCAUGCCCGGGGUGUCGGUGCUCAGCCUAUGUCAGAAGGGGGAUGCCUAUAUCAUGGCUGAGACUGGAAAGGUUUUCAAGAAGGAAAAGGAAAUGAAAAAAGGAAUUGCGUUUCCCACCAGCGUCUCAGUCAAUAACUGUGUUUGCCACUUCUCUCCCCUGAAGAGUGACCCUGACUACACACUUAAAGAUGGGGAUCUGGUCAAAAUAGAUCUAGGGGUUCAUGUCGAUGGCUUCAUUGCCAACGUUGCCCACAGCUUUGCGGUGGGAGCCAGUAAGGAGAACCCCAUCACAGGCAAGAAAGCUGAUGUAAUCAAAGCGGCCCAUCUGUGUGCAGAAGCAGCUCUUCGCCUUGUUAAACCUGGAAGCCAGAACUCUCAAGUGACAGAAGCCUGGAACAAGAUCGCCAAGUCGUUCAAAUGCACACCGAUAGAGGGUAUGCUGUCUCAUCAGCUAAAGCAACACGUCAUCGAUGGGGAGAAAACCAUCAUUCAGAACCCAUCAGACCAGCAAAGGAAGGACCAUGAGAAGGCAGAGUUCGAGGUACAUGAAGUGUAUGCUGUGGACGUCUUGAUUAGCACCGGAGAAGGGAAGGCUAGAGAUGCAGGUCUAAGGACCACCAUUUAUAAGAGGGACCCCAGUAAGCAGUACGGCUUAAAGAUGAAAACUUCCCGUACCUUCUUCAGCGAGGUGGAACGACGCUUUGAUGCCAUGCCCUUUACUCUUCGGGCGUUUGAGGAUGAAGCCAAAGCCCGACUGGGUGUGGUGGAGUGUGCCAAACACGAAUUGCUUCAGCCCUUCAGUGUGCUACACGAGAAAGAGGGAGAGUGUGUAGCUCAGUUUAAGUUCACGGUGCUGCUGAUGGCCAACGGGCCUCACAGAAUCACCAACGGGCUCUUCGAUCCGGAGCUCUAUAAGUCAGAGCAUGAGGUGCAGGACGCAGAGCUGAGGACUUUACUACAGAGUUCUGCAAGCCGUAAAACACAGAAGAAAAAGAAAAAGAAGGCCUCAAAGACAGCAGAGACCACAACUGGACAGCCAGCCGAGGAAACAGAAGCUGCGGAAUAAAUAAAUACUGCCUUUCCAAACACGGAAGACCCCAAAGAGAAGCAAGAGAACACGACAAAUUGCCCCAAACUCUCUGCCCGUUACACACAUUUUCUUUACGUAAAUUUAACCGAAGAAUUUUAGAUCCUACAUGGAUGCUUAACCCUUUACUGCACUAUUGCAAAGUACUGUGUUGCUUUUUCUUCUCUAACCUCAGUAGGAAAUAAAGGAUAUUUGCAAAUAGUUUUACGUCUUUGCAAAGACUUGUUGCCCAAUGGUAUGUGAGCGACUGGUGAUUUUUUGAUGGUUUGUUUUUUAAUAUUUUGUCCUCUUUGGUUUUAUUCUAUGCAUCUGAACAUUUAAACUGACUCUUAUAGUGGGCAUUAAUGAGACCGGAUCAGACUUUAUAUUCCAACAUCCAACCAGGAUUAUUGGAUGACACCAACAGAAACGUGAAUCAGAUUUUUAAACUUAGUCUUCCUUUGUCUAUGAAUGGGAGGUUCAACUGAUUUGUCACACGUUUCUCUUUUGCCCCAAAGUUACAAAAAGUCAUGUAAACAUGUUUGUAUGUAAACAAAUAAUCAUUGUUAUAAUGAAAUAUUUGGAUAUUUUAUUGGAAGGUUUAUGAGCUCACAUAGGUGAUGACAAGUUUAGUCCUCCAGUUUAUUGUGAAUAAAAAAAUAUUUUUUAUUAACUACAUUAUGCAGUAAAGGGUUAAAUUGUCAAUUCAAACAAAACCAUAUCGACACAUGACAGUGAAUUCAUUGAUUGUAAUUGAAAAGAUGACUUUUGUGUCAGAGUUAAUGUAGUGAGGGUUAUUGGUUACUAUUCUAUCAUCGAGGCCUGACACUUCUUUGAUGAAAACUACAAUGUUUCCACCUCUUGACUCUCAACACAAGGCAUUAACCUGAGCACAAGACUGUGAUACUUGUAAGUAAACAAGCAAAAAACAUACCAUAUCAGUUUGACGUUGGGGAUCAAAACUGCUAUAUUUACUGCCAUCUUGAAUUUUAUGAAAAGAAAUCUGUACGUUCCAGGUUUGAAAACGUUUUUUCUACUUGUGACAUCUAAUUUCUUUACUACUUCAUAAGCCUUGUGAAGAGUGAAAACUGAAGUGGGCCAACUUCAAAGGUUUUAUGGGCCUCUUCAGUGGACUGUUAAGAUCAUUUCAGGACUGAGUUUUAUUUGGAGGUCUGGGUCAGGUCUUUCAACAGUUAAUACUGCUUUGUAGCUCAAUCAGUGGGCAAUAAACAUUUACAUCUAAGGAAAUAAAAGUUUUUUCAUACA